AGGUCUCGGGCCCUCAGGCGGAGCGGCGGGCGCCGGACCCCCAGGAGGAGCGACAGGUCUCGGGCCCUCAGGCGGAGCGGCGGGCGCCGGACCCCCAGAUGGAGCGACAGGUCUCGGGCCCUCAGGCGGAGCGGCGGGCGCCGGACCCCCAGGCGGAACGACAGGUCUCAGGCCCCCAGGCGGGGCGGCGGGGGCACCGAGUCACCAGGCACAACAACCGUGGGCUUCGAGUCAACUGGGAUGACCGCUGGCACUGGGUCAGACAUUGGAUCGUCUGGCUGGACAGCGGUCAUCGGGGUCACCAGGCAUCAGGUCAUUUGGCUCGACAGCGGGCACCGCGUCAUCUGGCAAGGCAGUGGGCUCCGAGUCAACUGGUAUGACCGCGGGCACUGGGUCAGACAUUGGAUCGUCUGGCUGGACAGUGGGCACUGGGUCACCAGGCAUCAGGUCAUUUGGCUUGAC